AUGUUUCCUGCUUUGCGAGGCGUCUCAAGUCUAUCCUUGUCCCGAGCCAGGACUGCGCUGUCGAAACGUAAGCGACGCUGUCAGCGUCAUCCAUUUCCCCAUAAGGCUCGUCGCUGCCCUGAUCUCCUGCGAGACGGCGCUGGCCAUCUGUUCCCUUCGCCUUUGGCCCUUGUGCACCGUUCUGACGACAUUCUCCUGCAGGUUCCACCUCUCCGGCGACCCGAAUACCCCCUCUCUCGAAUCGAGCACCCCGACCAGCAUUCCGAAUGCUCUGCUGCUGCUAUAGACUCCCGCUACCCGUCGAUCCCUACUCCCCCUACCGCGGCGCCUGAAAGUGUCGAGGCUGGUGCUGGUGCUGUUGUGGCCAAAUCAAUUGGAUCUGCUGCUGUGGCUGUCGCUACUGCGUUGGCUUUCGCUGUAGCUGUCGCAUCGCUGCGAGGUAUCAACGCUGGCUGCGGAGGCGGUGGUGGUGCUUGUAGCCCGGUCGUCUGUGGACAUCUGUUGGCGUUCUUCCUCUCGUCCUGCGGGCUUGACGCUGCGUUGAAGUUGCCAUAUUGGACCGGGGAUUGGCCGUCGAUUCUAGCUGCGAUGUUCCUGAUGUCUUUGGUCCACGUCGAUCUAUGA